GUGGAUGGGAAGGAGUGCUGGCGGGGGUCUGAGGUGGGCGUGAAGGACGCCCUCCAGAGAGGAGCCCCAAGAGCCAAAGCGGCUCAAUGACUUGCUCAAGUUCACGCUUGGUAUCCUCACAAGACUGUCCCUUUGGUUAGCGGUGAGAGGGGGACGCCGCCUCCAGCCUGCCACGAACCCGCAGCUGCUCCGCACCGCAGCCGCCCGACACCUGCGCGGCCCGAAGCGCGGUGCACCAGGUGCUGGCACUGGCGCGCGAUAGGGAACGCGGGGAAUGCCGCCCCGGGCAACAACAUCCGUCUGGGAGCCGAAGAGCGGGCGCCCUCCUUGACUUUUCACAACCACCCCAAAGGGACGUCCUUCCACGGGCCUCUUUUACAGAUGAAAGCACCAAGGCUGAGAGAUAGUGACCUAACCGAAGUCAGGUACAUGCUAGUUACGGAACCAGGAUCCGAAUCCGGUGGUCUGGGGCCUUGUGGCUCCGGCCUAGGAUGGCUGUAUAGCCUUAGGCCAGUCCCUUCCCGUUUUCUGGGCCACCGAUCCCCAACCAGCGGAGAGCCCCUCUCGUCGCGGCCGCGCAUGCUCAGUCGCGGGCGGCGCCCUGGAGAGGCGGCGGGCGCCCCUGCUGUUUUGCAUUGACGCCAGCGCCCGCUGGAGGUCACCGCUGGGGGCUGGGCGCGGCGUGCUGCCCUUAAGACCCGGUCCGGAUAGCAGAGCUGGAGUCGCGCCGCCCGGAGCUCUACCGUGCGCACAGCAGCUUCUGUGCUUCUCGACGGCGCGGCCCCAGGCCCGACUGAAUCGCGGUGUCUCCUUUUUUACCAUGGCGGGCGCAGCCACGCCGCCCCGACAGGCUUCUUUUGGCCCCCAUCCCCUCAACUUCCGGACGGCGUGAGCGUCUGGGCUACCCUUUCCCGCCACCGGCGUUCAGUGUAGGGGCGAUUUCUCGCGGGGCGGGAGCCAGCGGGGUGGCGUGGGUGUCCACAGCGAGGCAGAGCCAGGGCCCCGGGGAGGCGGGCCCCAGGGAAGCGGCGGCGGCGGCAGCCCCACGGGCUGUAAGCGGGACGAGCGCGGCGGGGAACUUACCUUCCCUGGGGGUCGUGCCGCCCCACGGCAAGGGCGGCGUCGCUCGCCUGGCGCGGACUCGCCCGUUCUUGGGUUGGGAAAGCGCAAAUCUCCUCCCCCGAAAUUCCCCGGAAGCGCGGCGCAGCCGAGGCGAGCGCAGCGGCCAGCGGCUCGCGCCUCAGGAAGGACAUGUUCGGAGGGGCGGCCGAGGCGCGCCGCACGCCCCAGCACCCCCUCCCCGCUGCCGCCGCGCCCGCACCGCGGUAAAAGGGGCGGCCGCACUUCCUGACGCGAGACCCGCGCUCUUAGCCGCCCGCCCGCCGAAGCGGCGAUGACACGGCGCCCGCGGCGGCCCCGAGGCGCCGGGCGGGCCGUUUGCUGACCGGAUCGCGGCUGCCCGCCAGUGUAUCCGCGGCGCUGCCGCCAGCAUGGGCUGCGCUCCGAGCAUCCACAUUUCCGAGAACCGGGCGGUGUACCACGGCGGCAAGGAGGCCGAAGAGGCGCUCGGCCCCGCGGCGCCGCCGCCCAGCGGGCCCGGGGUGCCGCGCCUCCCGCCCGGCCUGAAGCCAGCCGCCUCGCCCCGGGCCCACGUCGUCGGCCUCGCGGAGCCGGAGCCUCGCGGCGGCAGCGACAAUAAGGUAUCAGCUGAUGUGCAGUUUGGCCCCAUGAGAUUUCAUCAAGAUCAACUUCAGGUACUCUUAGUGUUUACCAAAGAAGAUAGCCAGUGUAAUGGAUUCUGUAGGGCCUGUGAGAAAGCAGGUUUUAAGUGUACAGUCACCAAGGAGGCUCAAGCUGUCCUUGCCUGUUUCCUGGACAAGCAUCAUGACAUCAUUAUCAUAGACCACAGAAAUCCUCGGCAGCUGGAUGCAGAGGCACUUUGCAGGUCUAUUAGAUCAUCAAAAAUCUCUGAAAACACAGUUAUUGUUGGUGUAGUACGCAGGGGAGAUAAAGAAGAGUCAUCUGUAAUGCCCCUUAUUGCUGCUGGCUUUACAAGGAGGUAUAUAGAAAACCCCAGCAUCAUGGCCUGUUACAAUGAACUAAUCCAGCUGGAGUUCGGAGAGGUGCGAUCACAACUAAAACUCAGGGCUUGUAACUCAAUAUUCACUGCAUUAGAGAAAAGUCAAGAAGCAAUUGAAAUUACAAGUGAAGAUCACGUUAUACAGUAUGCAAAUCCUGCAUUUGAAACAACAAUGGGCUAUCAGUCAGGUGAAUUAAUAGGGAAGGAGUUAGCAGAAGUGCCUAUAAAUGAAAAAAAGGCUGAUUUGCUCGAUACUAUAAAUUCGUACAUCAGGAUAGGCAAGGAGUGGCAAGGAAUUUACUAUGCCAAAAAGAAAAAUGGAGAUAAUGUACAACAAAAUGUGAAGAUAAUACCUGUCAUCGGACAGGGAGGAAAAAUUAGACACUAUGUGUCCAUUAUCAGAGUGUGCAAUGGCAACAAUAAGGCUGAGAAAAAAACUGAAUGUGUUCAGUCUGACUCUCAUACAGAUAUUCAGACAGGCAAACAUAAAGACAGGAGAAAAGGCUCACUAGAUGUCAGAUCUCUUACCUCUCGGACAAGUGACGUUGCCAACCAGAGACGACACUCCUCUAUGGCCCGGAUACAUUCCAUGACAAUUGAGGCACCCAUCACCAAGGUAAUCAAUAUUAUCAAUGCUGCCCAAGAAAGCAGCCCCAUGCCUGUGACAGAAGCCUUAGACCGUGUGCUGGAAAUUCUCAGAACCACUGAAUUAUAUUCACCACAGUUCGGUGUUAAGGAUGAUGAUCCUCAUGCCAAUGACCUUGUUGGGGGAUUAGUGUCUGAUGGUUUGCGAAGACUAUCAGGGAAUGAAUAUAUUCUUUCAACAAAAAACCUUCAACAGGUUCCAGGCAAUAUAAUCACUCCUAUUUCCCUUCAUGAUGUCCCACUGCGGAUAGCCCGGGCCAUGGAAAAUGAAGAAAACUGGGACUUUGAUAUUUUUGACCUAGAAGCUGCCACCAACAAAAGACCUUUGAUUUACCUUGGACUCAAAAUGUUUGCUCGCUUUGGAAUCUGUGAAUUCUUAAACUGCUCUGAGUCUACGAUGAGAUUGUGGUUACAGAUUAUCGAAGCCAAUUAUCAUUCUUCUAACCCCUACCACAAUUCUACACAUUCUGCUGAUGUGCUUCAUGCCACUGCCUAUUUUCUCUCAAAAGAGAGGAUAAAGCAAACUUUAGAUCCAGUUGACGAGGUCGCUGCCCUCAUCGCAGCCACCAUUCAUGACGUGGAUCACCCCGGGAGAACCAAUUCCUUCCUGUGUAACGCUGGAAGCGAGCUAGCCAUUUUGUAUAAUGACACUGCUGUACUGGAGAGCCACCAUGCCGCCCUGGCCUUCCAGCUGACCACUCGAGAUGAUAAAUGCAAUAUCUUUAAAAACAUGGAGAGGAAUGACUAUCGGACGCUGCGCCAGGGGAUUAUCGACAUGGUCCUGGCCACAGAAAUGACAAAGCAUUUUGAGCAUGUCAACAAGUUUGUCAACAGCAUCAACAAGCCCUUGGCAGCACUAGAAGAAAAUGGGGAAACUAAUAAAGAUGAGAAAGACAUAACUACUAUGCUCAGGACUCCAGAGAACCGGACUCUAAUCAAACGAAUGCUGAUUAAGUGUGCUGAUGUGUCCAACCCCUGUCGACCCCUGGAGCACUGCAUUGAAUGGGCAGCACGCAUCUCAGAAGAAUAUUUUUCUCAGACAGAUGAAGAGAAGCGGCAAGGCCUACCUGUGGUGAUGCCAGUUUUUGACAGAAACACCUGCAGCAUCCCCAAGUCCCAAAUCUCUUUCAUUGAUUACUUCAUCACGGACAUGUUUGAUGCUUGGGAUGCCUUUGUUGACCUGCCUGAUUUAAUGCAGCAUCUUGACAACAACUUUAAAUAUUGGAAAGGACUGGAUGAAAUGAAUCUGCGGAGCCUCCGACCGCCUCCUCAGUAGUGCGUGACACUGCCCUGGGCCCUGAAACUUUGUCCCUCGGCCAUUUUGGAAUACCUAAGGGCAGACAGAGUUCCUUGCCCCUUUCAGUAUUAGGCAGAACAGUCCCCAUGUCUGCAGAGCCUGUGAAAGCUCAGUCAAGAGACAUCAGUAACCUUCUGCAUCCACCAUCCGAUGCUAUUGCCAUCAAGUGAGGCUUUGCCCAUGUAGCUUGGACCUGCUGCAGGGGCUCUUCAGAAAGUCACAUGAGAUACAAGGUUUGCAUAUGCUUUAUGUUAAAAAACAAGGCCUGGAAGGCCCCUGCAAAGGACGUUGAUGGAUUUCCUGUCUGUGACAGAGAAUGCCUUAUAAACAUUUCUCUCAAUUAUGUUCAGAGCACUUAAGAACAGUUAAUGGCAAUUGGAACUUCACAUCAUAGAAGGUGCAAUCACUCAUUCACUUUGGAACACUACUGAAAGUGACUUCUCUUAAAAUUGAGUAGCAAAUGAAAAAAAGAUUAAUAUCAAUUAUUAAAAUGUUUUAUUUAUUUUAUUAGAAGUUCAAUAUUUUCUAUGAAUUAAAAAAAAUACUUCAAAGCCAAAGCCAACUUUAAAUGCCAUGACCAAAUUUACAUGAUUCAUCUUCAUUAAAUAUGCAUUGCUUGAUGUACAGACUUAUUUUCAUAAUGCAAAUUAAAAAUAUAAAAAUGACACAUUUUUACAGCACUAUAGAACUAUUUGUGUAUGUUAAACUCUUCUGAUUGAUGCUAAUUGGAGAAAGCUGUUUUGUUGGUGGGUCUUAUUCUAGGGAGCUAAAGGAGCAAAGCUGCUUCUGUAUAAAAAUAGAGCUCUGAAACAGCUGUCAUCAUCUGAUGAGCUUUGCAGAUACUCCUCAAGGUAAAAAUUACAUGCUUCUUGGUUUGCAACAAAAAAUUAGGACUUAUAUUCCUAAAAUUUUAUAAUUAAAUCUCCAAAAGUCUGCCUUAUUUUAUAAUUUUUCUAUAAAAGAUUCCCUGUAAAAACAAAGAACAAUGGAAUAUUUGAUGAAUUGACAUUUUAUAACCAACCUGUUUUCAUCUGCAGUGGGAAUCUUUGAUUCCUGGAGUUUAUAAAGGUUCCUAUCUUCACAUUUUGAAUAAGUAUAAUACCAUAAAAAAUGACACCUUAUGACAUGUCAAAGUGCUUGUCAUUUAAACUUUUUUUCCAGAUAAAAAUUAAACUAUUUGUUUAUAAGAAA